AUGGCAAUGGCGCCGAGCUCGCCCCGGCUGCCCAGUCCGCCGCCGCCCGCUGAAAUCCAAAUCGGCCCCAAAUCACCUUCGAUGGGCGCGCAAUCAAACCGUGAGGCCUCGCCGAUGGAGCAGUCUCUCAUCGAAGCCAACUCGAGGCGUCGCAUACACCCGGGCACAAAGGCCGCCGACAUGGCUGCUGGACCGCCGCUUAUCCCCCUUAAUGAGCUCGACUCGGCCUUCCAGCUCCAAGAGCACCUCGCCGCCCUCCACUACCACCACACCAAGAGCAACAGCGUCCCGAUAACCCGUACGACCGCAAUCCAACUCGCGACGCCCCCGCCGGGCAUUGACCGUACCCUCUGGCUAUAUGAACUGUGCCGCUUCCUCAUCUCGCAGUGCAACACCCUCAUCGUCGGCUUCCUCUUCGACUCCCCGCCCUGCAGCGCCGCGACUUGUCCCGAGAUGCGCGCAUCAGAGUGGCAGUUUCUCUGCGCCGUCCACGAGCAGCCCAAGAGCUGCUGCGCCAUCGAUUACUGCUGUCACACGCUCGAUUGGGCCGCCAACAUUGUCACUGACCCCAAAAUCUUCCCCUCGCGCUUCGUCGUCCUCUCCGACGUCCACAACAAGGGCGUCGCCGUCAAGAACCUCGUCAAUGUCUUCCGCCGCCUGCAUCGCAUCUUUGCGCACGCCUGGUUCCAGCACCGCGCCGUCUUCUGGACAAUCGAGGGCCAGACUGGGCUGUACGUCUUCUUCAAGACCGUCUGCGACAUGUACGACCUCCUCCCCGCCGAGAACUACAAGCUCCCGCCCGAGGCAGAGGGUCUGGAGACGGCGACGGCGGUGCCUGAUGCCAAUGGCGGCGAUAAGAAGCAGCUGCCAAUGUCUAUUGUGAAGCCCAGCCACCGUGAGAGCCUCGGUCAGGGCGAAGACGACAACUUUCAGCCUGUUGGCCGCACUGCUACUAGACGUCACGUCAGGGCGAGCCCCUCUGUUGGCAGUGCUGUAACGACGGUGGUGGAGGCUGAGGAAGAAGAAAAUGUUGUAACAAAUAAGUUGCAGGAGAUGCGAAUCUCUGCCCCCGAGACGCUCGAGGAGGAGCCCGAAGUUGCCGACGUGCCGGUGAUUGUUGAAAAGGAGAUUAUUGGGGAUGCGUCGCCCACAGAAGAAAAGGAAGAGGCCGCUGCGGCGCAGCCUCAAGUGAUUGAAACCGACUACUCUGACACAGAAUCCGAUGCGGAAACAACAUUGGUCUACGAAGAAAGCGAGCGAGGCAUGGCCUCCGUAAACCAAGGGCCAGAUGAAACCUGGAGGGAGGAUGAGGAUGAGGACAUUUCUGCAUCAAGAAGCGAGGCAGCAACAGAAGAGGGGCCGGACGAAACUAAAGAGGCCGUUGACCAGACGGCUGACGAGAACCCCGCUGCAGCCAAGGACGAUGAGUCUGGCGAGCUUGCAGACGUCAGCACCCAUGACUUUGCUCAGGAGUCACCUGCCGUCAAAGCAGACGAGACUAUAACGAUAACAGACGCUGCGGAUACCGACAGCAAGGCCGAAGAGGCCGACAAGGUGGAAACGGAACCUUAA